AUGACUGGAAAAUUAAAAACUAUUUGUUCAUUAAAAGGCCAUUCUGGUAUUGUAUGGAAUGCAUCAUGGCAUCCAAAAGGACAGAUGUUGGCUUCCUGUGGCGAAGAUAAAACCAUCAGAUUGUGGAAUUAUAAGGAUGGUGAUAAAAGCACAUUAAAGUGUUUGCUAGCUGAUGGCCAUCAGCGUACUGUCAGGGCAAUCGCAUGGUCGUAUUGUGGUCAAAGUUUAGCAUCAGCUAGUUUUGAUGCAACUAUAGCUAUUUGGGAUAACAAAUCUGGACAAUUUGAAUGUAAUGCUACUCUGGAAGGUCAUGAAAAUGAAGUUAAAAGUGUAGCAUGGUCAAGAUCAGGCUCAAUGUUGGCGACGUGUAGUCGUGAUAAAUCUGUAUGGGUAUGGGAAGUAUGGGAGGAUAACGAAUACGAGUGUGCAGCAGUCUUAAAUGCACAUUCACAAGAUGUUAAGAAAGUAGUAUGGCAUCCCCACGAAGAUAUAUUGGCAUCAGCUAGUUAUGACAACAGUGUUAAGUUGUACAUGGAAGAUGCAGACAAAGAAUGGACUUGUGUGGGUACUUUGAGCUCACACACAUCAACUGUCUGGAGUUUAGCGUUUGAUAAGACUGGUGAUCGACUUGUGACUAGUAGUGACGAUCGGACUUUAAAGAUAUGGCAAAAAUAUCUUCCAGGUAACCCUGAGGGAAUUUCCGUUAAAGAUGCAAAUUUUGUAUACAAAUGUGUAUGCACAAUUAGUGGAUUUCAUACAAGGCCAAUUUAUGAUGUUACUUGGUGCCAUUUGACAGAUCUAAUUGCCACGGCAUGUGGUGACAAUUCUAUAAGAAUAUUUAAAGAAGAAGAUUUAUCUGACCGUAAUCAACCAUCAUUUUCAUGCGUUUCACACGUGAGUGAAGCUCAUUCACAAGAUAUAAAUUCUGUUCAGUGGAACCCUGUUGUUAAAGGAGUUUUAGCAUCUUGCAGUGAUGAUGGAUUGGUAAAAAUUUGGAAAAUGGAAUCAACAUAA